AUGGGUCCCUGUAACGGCCUCCCAUUGCUGCUGGUCUCCAUCGCCACACUCUGCCAUGUGCCACUUUCAGUCUCCUCACACUGCUGGUGGAUUCCAUUUUGUCAUAGGGUGCUGUAAUGGACUCCCAUGCUGCUGCGCUGCCACCGCCACACUGUGGCUCCACACACUGGUUUUGGUGCCCCGUGACUGCCCAAAUGAGUGAAGUGUGGCGGUGAUUCUAAGAUCGACGGCACUCAUCUGCAUGUCAUAACUAUAAGUUAAAUUCGC